GGAGCGCGGCAUGCAGCUUGUUUCCUCCGCCUUAUUAGCCUCCCCGGCCUCUGCCACCUGCCUCCCCCCUCCUCCCUCCGCGCGGCGAGACGGCCGUCCCCUCGGUCGUCCCGUCGCCACACGCCCUCCGCCUCGUCGGCGAGGGGGAGCGGCGGCGAUCACCUCCGCCUUGAAUCUUACGCCCGCCUCGCCUUCCUCCGGUUCCUCCUCCUCCGUUUCCAUCGAUUGCUUUGAUCUGCUUUGCAUGCUCUGCUGUUUUCCUUACCUUGUUCUAAGUAUGAUGUCAACCUCUGAGUAGCAAUAACGUCCGCAAAUUUUGAAGGCAAUAGGUCAAUUUGUUGCUUUUUUUAAACUCUACUCAUUGUUUAUCUUUUGAAGGAUCAAUGAACGCAACAAUUGUAUUGGGUGUGAAAGAUUCCGAUUUUUGCAGCAACAAAAAUUCGUCAGACAGAAAGGCUCCCCGGCCGAUCCGAUCCACCGGAUCGGCCACCCGUAACGCCACGGUGGUGUGAGGGAAGCCGGCCGGCAAGAUGAUUUACUGCUGCGGUGGCGCGGAGGAGGAGACGUACGCCGCGCCUGCCAGCCGUCACCCAGCAGCGCCUACGUCGCAGAACAAUGCAGCCCCCGGCAAGCCAAGAGGGCCCAAUGCGCCGAGGAGCGGCGGCCCGCCGAAGGUCCUCCCCGUCGACGUGCCGGCCAUCCCCAUGGGCGAGCUGAACAGCAUCACCGGGAAUUUCGGCCAGAAGGCCCUCAUCGGGGAAGGCUCCUACGGCAAGAUCUACAAGGCCGUGCUCGCCUCCGGGGAGCCCGUCGCCAUCAAGAAGCUCGACCCCAGCGUGUCCAGCGAUUCCCUCGCAGACUUCUCCUCUCAGCUGUCGAUGGUCUCGAGGCUCAAGAACGAGUACUUCCUUCAGCUGAUGGGCUACUACCUGGACGACAGCCACAGGAUCCUCGUCUACCAGUUCGCCUCAAACGGCUCCCUGCACGACACCCUGCACGGCAAGAAGGGCGUGAAGGACGCGACGCCGGGGCCGGUGCUGAGCUGGGCGCAGCGGGUGAAGAUCGCGUACGGCGCGGCGAGGGGGCUCGAGUACCUGCACGAGAAGGUGCAGCCGUCCAUCGUGCACCGGGACGUGCGCUCCAGCAACGUCCUCCUCUUCGACGGCUACGAGUCCAAGAUCGCCGACUUCAACCUCACCAGCCAGCCGCCCGACGGCGCCGCGCGGCUGCACUCCACGCGCGUCCUGGGGACCUUCGGCUACCAUGCGCCCGAGUACGCGAUGACAGGGGUCUUGACGCAGAAGAGUGAUGUAUACAGCUUUGGAGUGAUACUCCUGGAGCUACUGACCGGCAGGAAGCCCGUGGACCACACCAUGCCCAAGGGACAGCAAAGCCUUGUAACAUGGGCGACGCCGAGGCUGAGCGAGGACAAAGUCAAGCAAUGCGUGGACCCGAAGCUGGGGGAGGAUUAUCCUCCGAAAGCAGUAGCGAAGUUGGCAGCGGUGGCGGCGUUGUGCGUGCAAUACGAGUCCGAUUUCCGGCCGAACAUGACCAUCGUGGUGAAGGCGUUGCAGCCUCUUGUCAAGGCAGCCGCAGCCGCAGCUGAAGGGGCCUAGCAGAGUACAUGAUAGACGACACACAACCAUCUCUCCAGCACCUGUACCCAAACCUCUUCUUGGAUAACUGUGACGGAACCGCCAAAUUAAAACUCUAAUUAAGCGUAAUGGCCGUCAU